ACUGCUUUCUGUUCCUAUAUAAUUUUAAUCCUUUUCUUCUCUUUCUCAAUCUCAAUUACUCCAACUAUUUCAACAUUUUUUUUUGAAAUGCAGAGAGAGGAUAUUUCAUAUGAUUCUCUUAUCGCCACCUCCGCAGGAGAUAAAUCCGCGGCGGCGUCACUGCUUUUCUCCUACAGCAAUCCGUUCCUUUCCCCAACGUCACCAACCUACGUGAACUCCGACGCCUCCUUCUAUUCCUCGCUCUUUCAGAACUACUCAUCAAACUCUGCCUCCGAUACCGCCUCUUUCGAUGGCAGCGACACCGAUCGCCGCCUCCAGGAUGCGAGCUGCGUCAUGGAGUAUCAGCAGCUCUACAAUCGGUACACGCUCUGUCUCGCUCAGCUCCAUGAUUCGAUCGAAGAGGCCGACGCCCUCCGCCGCGACAACGAAUCUCUCCGCCUCUCCAAUGCAGAUCUAUCCCACCGCAUUGCCUUGUUAUUCUCGCGCGAUCGCCUCUUAUCAGAUUUCAACCGCCUCAACGUCGCUUCUCCCUCGGUCGCCGUGCCGCGCGCCGCUCAUCUCACCGCAACUCAGCCUCUUGCCGAACACAAUCGUGUCGAGCGAAGGAACACCGAAAGAGUCACGCUUCCAAAGAGCAUUUCUGUGCGCACUAGCGGUUAUCUGAAGAUGACUCGGCCUGGUCGAGACACAGCUGGCGACAAAGCAGUGAGUCAACCCACUGCUGCAUUGCGUGAGCAGCAAAGAGUGUAUGUAGGUGGGUCCACAAAGGAAAAUGGCGAGGAGCUGGAUGUGUACAACCAAGGAAUGACGAAAACGGAGCUUUGUAACAAGUGGCAGGAGACGGGGGCCUGCCCGUACGGAGAGAACUGCCAAUUCGCGCAUGGGAUCAAUGAGCUGCGGCCGGUGAUAAGGCACCCGCGCUACAAGACUGAGGUCUGCCGCAUGGUGCUGGCCGGAGACGUCUGUCCCUACGGCCAUCGCUGCCACUUCCGCCACUCUCUCACCGAGCAGGAGCGCCUCAUGGCCGUGCAACCACCUCCGCGUUGAUCCCUUGUGCAAUGUUUAUGAGAGUUUUCAAUUGAUCAACUUCUUUAUUCUUUUUGUUUGAUUUCUUUUUUUGCUUCCUAUAGUAGGUGUAUAAAGUAGUUUGAUUGAUAUUCCUAGUGGUGAAACGUGGAUGUGGAGUAAAAUUCCAUGAACUAUAGUGCGGAUGACAGAUUGUUGAUAUAAAGAUAGAGAAAUUGCAUAAA